AAAAAUACAAUCGUGAUUAGAUAUACGUACAUAGAUACUUGAGAAUUUCGAUAAUUUUAUUGAUCUUAAAUUUUACUUCACAUCAAAUUAAAAUUGCAUUCGAGAACGUUCUAUUUCUGUUAUAUGAGUAAUCCAUUCAUUCAUUCUCACAGCAUCUCACAUGAAUCUCACAAGGGAUUGAACUAUUCCUAACGGACUUUGUAAUUUUCCAUAGGGCUCGUUUCUUGUUAACGAAUUUACCGGCGUCCCCAGGCUACGAGAUUACAAACACAUAGAAAAAUUUUUCUAUAUGUGUAUAUAUAAAACUUACGCAAGAUUGACACACAUGAGAAGCUACGAAACGCAUGCGUAAAAAGACUACGAGGGGACAGGGAUCGACGUAAGAUAUUUAUAAAAGGAACUGUGUAAAACUACCGGCAUUAUGACGGCAUUAGUAGACGACGAUCUGUCGAAUCUCAAAGUACAAUCCCAGUAUUAAAUAUUCUGUGUUUCACGUGAGAAAAUUUAUGAAAAGCAUCAAAAUGGUUUUGAACGCACCAAUGAUGAAAUUCUACAACGGCAAUGAAGUGCCAUCAUUCGGACUUGGUACAUGGAAGUCUAAACCUGGAGAAGUUACUCAGGCUGUUAAAGAUGCAAUUGAUAUAGGAUACAGACAUAUUGAUUGUGCCCAUGUUUAUGGUAAUGAGAAAGAAGUAGGUGCUGCUCUUAAAGCAAAAAUUGAUGAAGGUGUUGUGAAAAGGCAGGAUCUUUUCAUCACCAGUAAAUUGUGGAAUACUUUCCACAAACCAGAUUUGGUUGAACCUGCUAUUAAGACAACUUUGUCAAAUUUGGGUCUCGAAUAUUUGGAUCUUUAUUUAAUUCAUUGGCCAAUGGCAUAUAAAGAAGGAGAUAGUCUUUUCCCACAGAAUGCUGAUAAUACUCCUGCUCUUAGUAAUGCAGACUAUGUAGAUACAUGGAAAUCUAUGGAAGCUUUAGUAUCCAAAGGACUUACUAAAAAUAUUGGUGUUAGCAACUUCAACUCUGAACAAAUAGACAGAUUGCUUAAAAACUGCACUAUUAAACCAGUUACAAACCAAAUUGAAUGCCAUCCAUAUCUUACUCAAAAGAAGCUUUCUGAAUUUUGUACCCAAAAAGGUAUUCUUGUUACCGCCUAUAGUCCCCUUGGAUCACCUGAUAGACCAUGGGCUAAGCCAGAUGAUCCAAAAUUGUUAGAGGAUCAAAAAUUGGGUGAACUUGCGAAAAAGUACAAUAAGACACCUGCUCAAGUACUUAUUAGAUAUCAGCUGGAUCGUGAUCACAUAGUUAUUCCUAAAUCAGUUACAAAGUCUAGAAUUGCUCAAAACAGUGAAGUCUUUGAUUUCAAACUUUCCCCAGAAGAUAUUGCUUACAUUGAUACUUUUGACUGCAAUGGCAGAAUCUGUCCAAUGCUUGGCACGGAGCCCAGCCCUUACUAUCCUUUCCAUAUUCCAUUCUAAGCAAUUGAAUUAGGAUAAAAUGUACAAACUACUUCCAUUGUAAUAUUUACAAUAUCUUUUUUCUGUAUAUUUUCUACAUGAAAUUCGUAAAAUAAACUAUAAUAAAAACAUAUAUA